AGGAUCUGGAAAUGUGUAAAGUGGUGGGAGUCAGCGAUAAGGUCCUGAUUGUGCAAAGCAUGGUCAACAAAGAGACGUUUGUUGUAAAGCAUCGUUCCGCUGACUAUUGGACACGAUGAGAGGGUUUUACCUGGCAGCAGGCCUGUUCCUGUAAUCAAAGCAGUCGAUGGAAACUGUCUCCAUCCUUUCUCCAUCAUCAUUUCUCAGCAUCAAUCUGCCAGAGAGCUCUCAUGAUUUUAGACAGUGAAGUGCAUCUUAAAUUUCAGCUAAAGUAAUAUUUACAGUGCCCUACAAAAGUAUUAAUACCUUUGUCAUUUUCCUUAUUUUCAUACAACCAAAACUUCAGAGUAUUUCAUUGUUGUUUCAUGUGACAGGCCAACACAAAGCUGUGCAUAAUUAUGAGGUGGAAGGAAAAUAACACAUGGUUUCAACGUUCUUUGCAAUUAUUGAUCUUUAAAGUGUCACCUAACAUUUGUAUUGAACCUCUUUACGCUCAUUCCCCUUUAGUGCAACCAAUUGCCUUCAGAGGUCACUAAAAUAUUAAAAAGACUCCACCUAUGUGUAAUUUAAACUCAGUAGAACUACAGCUGUUCUGUGAAGACUUCAAAGGUAAAGUCAGGUAAAGUCAGAAACAAAGUCCAAUGUGGAAUCUGUGGCAAAAGUUGAAAAUUGAUGUUCACUUUUAAACUUUCUGUUGAUAAAACAAAUGAAAACCAUGUCUCACUUCCUUCCUCUUCACAACUAUGCACUAUCUUGUAUCAUCCACUAUUCCAAUGCAACACAUUGAACUCAGUGGUUGUAAUGUAACACAAUGUGAAAAAGCUCAAGUGGUUUUAAUACCUUGACAAGACGCAGGUGUCAAACACUUCCAAAGUCAUGAGCCAGAACGUUUCUCAGAAUAAUUCUCUAAAUAAAUCAUUACAUGUGUGCGCUUUCACAGAGCCUUGUCAAAUCUAGCUGGGAGAGCAGAGACCAAACAACCAUUAUUCCUCAAGGUGUGCCCUACAUGGUGAAGCUGCUACGGUAUUAUGUCAGUGAGGAUGCUGUGUACCUGCAUCUGGAGCAUAUCAAGGGUGGGAGGCUUUUCUCCAAGUUGCACAAACUUAGAAGUGAGAAAGCCAGGGAACACCUGGACCCAUGCAUCAUCUCUGGGCAGCACAACGUCAAGCUGAAGACAAGCCACACCUCACCUGCAAUCAGCAGAGACUACCAGCAAAACAGCAGGAGCACAGCAGCGAUUCCACACAAACUGACCGACGAGAGUCCGGAUACAGACUUCCCAAACUCAUGGGACGAGACUCAGCAGCGACUGGAAAGCUGCGGGACUCACUCCUACAUAGAGGAGACAGGUUGUCUCCAGAACACCCGAUCGGCCGCGUCAUUUUACACCAAGCUGGAUCAGCAGACGCUGAUCUCCGGCCUCACGAGGACACAGGUCAACACCCACAUCCAUCCACCAGCCCCUAGUUUGUGUUUGCAUUCCAACGAAGCUCAGGAAAAGCCAGCUCUUCCUCUCUCUUGUGCCCGUGUCAGCCAAGCUCUCGAUGUCAUGUCAGAACUCCAUAAAAAGAAGGCUGGGAUGGGUCUUAUAGAGUGCAGUACAGACUUCGAGGCAGCCUGGAAAGCUGCAGACCCAGCACACAGCUAUAACAACACCAACCUCUAUGCAGUGACUGGCAAUAAUUUGCAAAGAGCAACACCUCAGACAAAUCAGAUCUUGUUUAAAAGAACAGAACCCCCUAAAAGUCAAAAAGACGCUAUGAGUUCCUCUCCUGCAAUUCUGCAUCUCCCUCUCCAUUGCCAAACCCAAAUCCGUGGCAGGGCAUCAUGGGAAACUAAUGGCUCUCAUCAGGGAUCUUUUGUUGCUGAAAGUUCUGAAGAGAUAAAUGCAGAGUCAAAGGAAGAAAGCAGUCCCCUUGUAGAAGAAAGAAAUGGAAUGAUAGUCAUCAGGAGUACGGACAGAGCAGUAUUUUCUGACCAUGCGGACACAACCAUCAUCUCUGAAAGUUCAUGUGAUUUUCCUGCUUCUCUUUUCCACGGAAGCGUUAAUACACAGGUUAAGUCAUCAGGAGCAUGUCAAAAAAGAGAAAAUUGUCCCAGAGGUGAAAAACAGGGUAUAGAAGUGGCAUGUGAGGUAGUGAGUCCUGGAGGGAAGAACCUAAAAGCAGGAUCAUACGUAAGCUGGUUCUCUCCUGACCCAUUGGGAGCCACAUCCCACAGCGACAGAAAGAACCUGGAGGGAUCAGAGAAGCACGAAGAAGACCAGAUCAUUGAGGUGGACGGCUGGUGUCACCUGCCGCGCUUUCCUGCCAAGACCUCCAGGCCUGCAGAGAAGGCCUUACAGAGCUACUGGGGGCUUCCAGAAGGAGAGGUGCGUGUGUGGGGGGCGCAGAUUCUGUUGGCCCUGGAGAGUCUACACGAGCAAGGCAUCUUGUGUCGGGAUCUCAACCCGAGGAACAUUUUGCUCACUGGCAACGGAAAGGUGUGUUUGACGUUUUUCAGCCAGUGGAGUGAGGUUCAGUCAGAGAUUAGCUCCAAAGCCAUGGAGCAGAUGUACUGUGCUCCAGAAAUCGGAGGAGUGUCGAGGAUUACAGAGGCUUGUGACUGGUGGAGUCUCGGGGCUUUGCUCUUUGAACUUCUAACAGGAAUGCCCCUUUGGCAGCUCCAUCCAGCGGGAAUCCAUUCCCACACCCAGCUGCUCAUCCCUGACCACCUAAGUGCUGCAGCUGCGUCCCUGCUCACUGAGCUACUUCAGUUUGAUGCAGGUUAUCGCUUGGGUUCUGGAGGUGGAGGAGUAAGCGACAUCAAAUGCCACCCCUUCUUCAGCGGUGUCUCCUGGAAAGCUCUGUCCUGCUAGCAGACCUCCCAUCAUUUGUGCCAUACUGGACUUUAAAACAAACAGAUCAGCUGGAUUGAAACAUCCUACAAUUUUACAGGAGCUUCCCAAAGAAAAAAUUAAACAAAGGUUGGGGAUACCCAGUGCCUUGCAAAAGUAUUCAUACCACUUGACUUUUGUCACAUUACAAACAUCAUUUCAUUGGAAUUUUAUGUGGGAGAGUGACACAAAAUAGCAGUUUCCAAAAAAAUUACAAGAUUUUAAUCUGUGAAUAUCAAGUGCACUGAUGUUUAUCUCCCUGAAGUGAAUACUUAUAACCAUCUUUAUUCUAUAAACAUAUGGAAAAUAGGCUUUGAUCAAAACAUGGAGUACCUGGGUCCAGUCUUCCAAGAGCUAUCAGGAAACUUUUCACACCAUUAACUUUUCCAAAAAAAAAAAAACCUAAAUCAAAAUAUUUAAUUCCCUCAUCAGCAUGUCAUUUAGCUCUGCACAGGUUUGGUAACAAAGUAUGUGUGACGGAGGAGCCGUCACGAGCCGGAACUUAAUUAUGAGUCCGUGUCAGCAUGCAAGCACGCCCGCACACACAAACGUAUACAUAGUCGUUAACUGUCUUUUUGUUCCAGCUUAAACUGACGUGGCUCAUCGUGGGUGCACACGUGGUGUUCCUGCUUCAGUUAACAAAUGAAGCCUAAUCUGUUAUUUUCAGCUUCAAACUUUUUGCUGGUUCUAUUUUCAAGCAGGGUUGUUUCCAGGAGGAACAUGAUGACGUAGUGAUGUCGUCAGAACGUACUGAGUGUUUUCUAUUAAAUUGAGUAUUGUAUUUUUGAUCGCAAGUCGCAAUUUGUUACUGUGUAUACCUUAAGAGUUUACUUGAGUUAUAAGCAAUUUUUUUAGUUGUUUUUGCAUAUUUGGUCUUUCUGUAGGCGGAGCCUGUGGCUUUAAAAGCAGGGCUCUGCGCCACAAGGAGUCAGUCUGUGGCUAGACUCAAGUCACCUUGAAGGUGAUGCAUUGAAGUCAUUUUUGUUUGUCCAAGUUAUAAUAGAACCCCAUCACAGUGUGUGUUUGAUUCAGGUGUGUUGGAGAAAGGAUUUAUCUAAAAUAUGCCUCACAGUAAUUAUCAAGGACCGGACUUGGCGCCCCUGAUCUGAACCACUCCCUUGUUGCUCUGGAUCCAUUUACUGUUGUCCUGCUGAAAGGUGAACAUUCACACCAAUCUGAAAUAUUUUACACUUCUAAUAAGUUUUCUUCCAGAAUUAUUCUGUGUUUAGCACCAUCAAUCUUCCCAUCAACUCUGACCAGUUUUUCAGUCUAAGAGAAAGAAAAGCAUCACCACAGCAUGAUGCUGCCACAACCAUGAGGGGAAAAAAUAUCUUCUACCAGCCACAUUUCUGUUAAACACUUAUCUGUGUUGAUUUUUCUCAUGUAUAUUAAUUUUUGGUUGUAAUGUGGGAAAAUGUGAAAAAUCUGAUGCUUUUCCAAGGCACUGUGUUCCAUUAAGGAACAGAUUUACUUUUUCCCAUGGGAACUCAGAUGUGUUUUAAUGCAAUUUUGAUAAUUAAGUUUUACAUAUCUUCAUAAUCGCCAUGCAUGUGAAUAAAAUCCCUUUUAAAUCAAAAUUGUGGAUGGAUUUUAAUUGAAAAUAGCAGGAAAAUAACUGCUAUUGUAACAAUGAAAUAUCCCAGGAUAAAGCAAUCUAUAAUUUUUUUUUUGCUUCAAGAGAACUAGACAAAAAAUUAACUGAAAUUUAAAUGCUAAUAUCCACAUUAAGAGCUGAGGAGGAAAGCAGCCAAAACAUUGAUUCCAGUUUUACAAACUUAUCAAUUUGUUCAGUUUUUCUUUUCCAAAUAGUGGUCAAUUACUAUUUUAAAACCUACCAUCAGCUUAAGUAUUAAUGUUUCUUUUAGGAAGUGAUUGGUUAAACUUAGCGAUUGCAGAUUUGAUUUUGCUUAAGGCUACAAUCAUGGCACAUCAAAUGAUAAUAUUCAUGUUUUGACCUGUACAUUUCCCUUUCUAAAAUAACUAUAAUCAGUAUAAUGCGGCCUAUCUGGAAACACUUGCAAAACCUACAAACUGUCAGAGCUUCUCAAACGAGUUAAAGUCUGAGCAAUAUUGGAGGAACUGACACCAUUCUAAAGCAUAAUAGCUAAUUUUUACAUUUUUUUGUCAUUUGUAGUUCACGCCCUCAGAUUAAACAUUCAAGAAUUAUCCACAAAAAUCAUCCAACAGAAAACGGGCAGUGGGGUAAUGAAGUUUUUAUUGUUUAAAACUUUCCUUUUCUCUUAAAUAGUCUAUGUCACACAGCAAAAAGAGAAUUUCAUGAACUAGAUGGCAUAAACCCUCUGAGGAUUCCUUCACUUUGGAGAUUUUUAAAACAUAGUGUUCCUUGUUUUCUAGCCCAAUAUGUGCUCAUUGUUCAUCUCUCAACCACAAUAAUAAAAUUCUAUGUAGUUGUAUCUUUACUUGCCUGUCAUCUCACAACAACUGGAUUUUUAUUAAAUUCUGUGUAGAAAAUGACAUUUGGCGAACAAGUUAUAGAAUAUUUCUUUUUGUUUCUUUGAUCAAGAGACCAGCACCUGAAACCACAGAGCCCAGUGCCAAACCUUGCAGCCCAGCCGGUCUUACAAAUGUCCAUUCACAAUUUAACUUUUCAAAACAAACCUUUUUUUCCCUAGUUAACCAAGACAACAAUACAUUAACUGCAGUAAUGGUAAAGUUUCUUUUUUUUAGGUGUGUACAGCCGCUGUUUGUGUGGGAUUGGUUUAGUGGG